GGGGGCGGCGAGUGCUGGGCUAGCGCGGGCGGUAGGCAACGGCUAAGGCGGCGGCGGCGUGGGCUGGGCUCGAGCGGGCGGCGGCAUCUCAGACUCCCGGGAGCGGGAGCCCACGCGGGCGGGCGCCUGAAACAAAGGAAAGCCAGAGUCAGGGCGCCGCGGGUGGGUGGUCAGUCGGUCAGCGUGAAGCCGGCCAGCGGGUGUCGCGCAAGCCCGGAGCCCGGUCGGCCGGCGCGGCCUCAGGGCGGGAAGAUGCCGCGCGUCGUGCCCGACCAGAGAAGCAAGUUCGAGAACGAGGAGUUCUUCAGGAAGCUGAGCCGCGAAUGCGAGAUUAAGUACACGGGCUUCAGGGACCGGCCCCACGAGGAGCGCCAGGCGCGCUUCCAGAACGCUUGCCGCGACGGCCGCUCGGAAAUCGCUUUUGUGGCCACAGGAACCAAUCUGUCUCUCCAGUUUUUUCCGGCCAGCUGGCAGGGAGAACAACGACAGACACCUAGCCGGGAGUAUGUCGACUUAGAAAGAGAAGCAGGCAAGGUAUAUUUGAAGGCUCCCAUGAUUCUGAAUGGAGUCUGUGUUAUCUGGAAAGGCUGGAUUGAUCUCCAGAGACUGGAUGGUAUGGGCUGCUUGGAGUUUGAUGAGGAGCGAGCCCAGCAGGAGGAUGCAUUAGCACAACAGGCCUUUGAAGAGGCUCGGAGAAGGACACGUGAAUUUGAAGACAGAGACAGGUCUCAUCGGGAGGAAAUGGAGGUGAGAGGUUCACAGCUGCUGGCAGUAACUGGCAAGAAGACAACAAGACCCUAGUCCUGGUUCCAAUUUAGGUGGCGGUGAUGACCUCAAACUUCGUUAAUUAGCAGCACAGCAGAUGUGCCCCCCCAUCUUUACAUAUACUUUGUGUCUAGUUGGCAGAAAUAAUCAUUAUUAAAAGACCAGAAACUGUGAUAACUGGAGGUACUGCGGUCUAUUUCUCAACCUUCGGCAGUAACAAGACAUCACAAACUGCCAUGGUUUUGCACUAUGAUUAUAGAAUACCUGCAUUUCUAAUUUUGUAUGCAUUAGCCAGUAAUUUGAAUUUUUUCCUAUGCAAGCUUACUUUGUUGGCAUUAUUUUAGUGAGUUGAAACUAUCCACUUGUAAAACUCUUUUUUUCUCCAUUUUAAUUUAAAAGAUUCUGUCAUUUAAAAACAAGUUAAAUUUAAAUUUUUAUCAGAGGGUUUCCCCCAAUCAGGUGUUCUAAUUAUUUUUGGAAUUUUAGAUGUGUUGGUUACACAACUUCAUUUUAAAUAGACACUCUUGGUCAUUUGUUUUGUUUCUGUGUUUUUAUAGUUUGUGGCAUUUUAAAACUGCUGAUGUGUUUGCAUUAUUUUAAACAAGCUAAAAACCUAGUAGCAUAGAGCUGUCUGCCACAGCCUUUUAACACAAAGUUUACAGUUGUUAAAGUUGCAGUAUCCUUUUAAAUGUUGAUAAUCAGCUCCUUUUUCUUUUCUCCUUAAACGUAAAAAUGUUUAAUUGGUAUUAACUCUAAUCUGCCCCAGAUCUGUUUUACAUUUUGUUCUGUAAUCAUGUGUUUGUGUGGAGAUAUUCUCCACAGAUGGUAAUAAUAUUCCACUGAAAUGCCUAAAGAAGUCGCAGGCUGGCUUCUGUUUUAUUCAGGGACUUUUUUUUUUUUUUUUAAGUCAAUCAGAAAAGGGAUACUGGAGCUUCUUCAUGUAUGUAACAACAUAUUAAACUGGAGACAGUGAUGAAUCAGCUACCAAGGUAAUAUUGUAUUAAAAUCAUGUUUAAGAUAGCUGCUUUUAUGUGUAUUUCAUAAUGCAUGCUUUUGUAAAAAUGCUGGGUGAUGAAAAAUUAGUCUUAGAAAAUGUUCAUCUGUGCAGAGGAUACAUUUUCUUCAUUUAUUAUGGAAAAAAACUCACAGGUUAUAUAUAUGGUAUUUUCCAAAAGGACUAUAAUAGAACCUUUUGAAAUGAAUUAGUAUAAGAAUAUUUUUUAAAUAGGCUCACUGUCAAAUUGGAUGCAACUUUGUUUUUAAUAUAAGACUGGAAAAAAGUGCUAAGUCAUUUGGUACCUCCUUGCAAAUAUUUUUCAUGUCACAUUCAUUAAAUGUUACUGCAUUUCU